AAAAGAAAAAACACCAGUAAACAGAGCAACAACAUAAAUUCUGACAUUAGCUGGGUCAGCUAGCUCUUUGUACUGACUGUAAUUCUUCCUAUGACAAUAUAUAGUUGCUCUCUGUAAUUCUUCCCAGUGUUUCUAUCGGAGCAGCUGCGAGUUGGGUUCUGUAACUUUCACGCUUGUAUUGCCGCUGUACCCUCUCUCCCUCUCUGUACCUCUGUUGUAACACAGUAUAAUAUAAGCCCAUCGAGGCCAGGCAAUACAAGUGUGAGAGUUACAGAAGCUAACUCUGCGGCACGAGGAGUCGUAACCAGUGUGUUAAGGCGCCGUGCAGUCUCGCCGCACCGACUGAUGGAGGGUUCACAAAGACAGCAAGUUGUACUUCUGUCACCGUCAACGGCAACAUCGCGUACCGGGUCUGCACCCUGAGACUUUUUUCCGUGUGGCCGCAUCAGAUUCAGUCGUGCAUGCUAAGUUGGAAUUUCUCCAUGACGCGUGGGCACGGAAGGUCGGAGCAUGCCAAACCAGGAGGAACUUCCAUUUCUCAGGUCAUGCCGUUCACUGCUGGCCUGGGUGGCUAGGCUGGAGUUGAGUACAAGUCAAACGAUGAGGACGUUUGAGGAUGUGAAGUGCAUCUGAUUCAUGAACCGAAUAGGGAGCAUGGGCUGCCAUUCCACUCCAGCACGGUACAGCUGAUGUUCCCUGCUUGGACAAUCAACUCUUCACAAGGAAAAUGGCUUUCAAGCGGCGCUCAAAAGUCUCUAUCUAAAGCCUCAGAUGCAUGCAUCUCAAGUAGCAGUACAGUAGUACCCGUUCGAUGAAGCUCCACGCUGCCGCUAGUCCACCAUGGCUCUUGUGCUAACCACGCUGAUGCUGGAAGGUCAGAGCAUGCCAAAGCCGGGAUUUCCAUUUCUCUGACCAUAUGCCUGAGAACGCCUGCAGAGAUGUGAACCGAGAGCAUCUGAUUUCUGGACCGAGUAAACGGAGCAUGGGCUGCCAUUCCACCCCAGCACAGUAUGUAGAGUUGCUGAUGUUCCCCUGCACCGAUAAUCAACUACUCAGAAGGCGACUGCACUAAAUUCCCAGCACACCACUGGCUUCUUCAAGUUCGCAAUGCACGCAUGCAAUGCAUCCCUGGCCUGGAGACACGGAAGGCAUAACCACGCGCAUCACGCUACCACCAUGGCUCUUCUUGUCCUAGUACUGACCACGGUGGCUUUCUCGCUGCUGCUGCCCGGCACGGCCGCGCUUGAUCAGCCAGCAAACGCGACCGACGACGACCUCUCGGCGCUGCUGGCCUUCAGGACCAGCGUGCGUGACCCGCGCGGCGUCCUGCGUCGCAGCUGGACGGCACGCACGCCCUUCUGUGGCUGGCUCGGCGUCUCGUGCGACGCCCGUGGGCGGCGUGUGGCCGCGCUGUCGCUCCCCGGCAUGCCACUCGGAGGCGCCAUACCACCGGAGCUUGGCAACCUCUCCUUCAUCUCCCACCUCAACCUCAGCAACACAGGGCUGGCCGGCGUGAUCCCUGCCGAGCUUGGCCGGCUCGCGCGGCUCAGACACCUCGACCUCGACGAGAACCGCCUGUCAGGUACCAUCCCCUCGGCGCUCGGCAACCUCACCGAGCUCCAGUACCUACACAUCGGCUACAAUUCACUCUCCGGGGCCAUUCCCACACAGUUGCGCGCGCUGCGCAACCUCCGGUACAUAAACCUCAACAGCAACGACCUGAGUGGCACCAUACCUAUAGGCCUCUUCAACAACACGCCCAAUUUGAGCGUCAUAUGGUUUGGCAGGAACAGGCUCGCUGGAAGCAUACCUGAAGCCAUUGGCCAUUUGAGGAAGCUUGAAAUCCUUGUCCUGGAACUCAACCUUCUUACUGGCACUGUCCCUGCUGCCAUCUUUAACAUGUCCAUGCUCCGAAUCUUCGGUUUGGGGAACAACAAUCUUUUCGGCUCCCUCCCUGGCAACAAGAGCUUUAGCCUCCCCAUGCUACAAAAACUAGGUCUUUCUUCGAAUCAUUUUACUGGCCCAAUCCAGCCGGCACUGGCCAGAUCCAACAAACUUGAGCUUCUUUCUAUCUCCAUUAAUAACUUCACUGGUCCUGUACCGGCAUGGUUAGCAACAAUGCCUCGGCUUUCUACUAUUCUACUGUCGGCAAAUAACCUCGUCGGUAAGAUCCCGGUUGAGCUAAGCAACCGCACAGACCUUGUCAUGCUUGAUCUUAGUGUCAACCAGCUGGAAGGAGAAAUUCCACCUCAAAUAGGCUAUUUGAGAAACCUCAAUUACUUGAGCUUUUCGACAAACCUCCUAACAGGUAAAAUUCCUGAAUCCAUAGGCAAUAUAUCAAGCAUAAAAACUCUUGAUCUGACACUCAAUGCCUUCACUGGAUCAGUUCCAACCACGUUUGGGAAUGUUCGUAGUCUUACGGGCUUGUAUGUGGAUGGAAACAAGCUUAGCGGGAAGCUAAACUUUAUCCAUGCACUCUCCAACUGCAAGAACCUGAGUACCCUUGGCAUAUCGUCCAAUUCGUUUGCAGGAAGCAUACCUGACUAUUUGGGAAACCUUACUUCACAACUCCAGUACUUCAUAGCAAGUUCUAACAGCCUAACAGGGAGCAUUCCAGAUACAAUUGCAAAUCUUAGCAGCCUUACCACAAUUGAUCUCGAUGGAAACCAACUGAGCGGGACCAUCCCUGUAUCCGUCACUACACUGAACAAUCUCCAAGAACUCAACCUUGCCAACAACACCUUGACCGGCGCCAUCCCAGAAGAAAUUUCCAGAUUAACACGCCUAGUACGAUUAUAUCUUGAUAAAAACCAGUUGUCUGGCUCGAUACCGAGCACUAUGGGUAAUCUAAGUGAGCUGCAGUACAUGACAUCUUCUCUUAACUCACUGUCUUCGACCAUACCCUUCAGUCUCUGGCGCCUCUCAAAGCUCAUCAGUCUUAAUCUGGCAUACAACAUGCUGACUGGUCCACUGCCGAGAGAUGUUAGCCAAGUAAAACAAAUUGCUCAAAUGGAUCUUUCAAGCAAUCUUAUGACCGGUGGCUUACCGGAUUCCUUGGGCAGGCUCCAGAUGCUCACCUACCUGAACCUGUCAAACAAUUCAUUCCAGGAACAAAUCCCAAACUCAUUUGGAGAGCUAGUCAGCAUAGAGACCAUGGACCUAUCAUACAAUUCCCUUCGGGGUACCAUACCAAAGUCACUGGCCAAUCUGACCUUCCUCACUAGCCUGAACCUCUCUUUCAAUAAACUAGAUGGUCCGAUACCGGAUAGAGGAAUUUUCUCAAACAUCACACUUCAGUCUUUGAGAGGAAACGAUGCUCUCUGUGGCCUCUCACGUCUAGGCAUUUCACCCUGCCAGAGCCAUCAUAAAUCACCGGAAUCGUUGAUAAAAAUUAUACUUCCUGUAGCCGGGGGAGUUGCAAUUUUGGCUACCUGCUUGUGCAUAUUAAUCAGAACAAAGAUCAAGAAGUGCAAAAAGACAUCAGUUCCCUCGGAGUCGAACAUAAUCAACUACCGGUUAAUAUCAUUCCACGAGCUUGUUCGUGCUACAGAAAACUUCAGUGAGGACAAUCUGAUUGGAUCUGGGAACUUUGGCAAAGUCUUCAAGGGACAACUGGAUGACGAAUCAAUUGUUGCAGUAAAGGUGCUCAACAUGCAACAUGAAGGAGCCUCUGUGAGUUUUGAUGCAGAGUGUCGUGCUCUGCGCAUGGCCCGUCACCGGAACCUAGUGAAAAUACUUAGCACUUGCUCCAACUUUGAAUUCAAGGCCCUGGUGCUCCAGUACAUGCCAAAUGGGAGUUUGGAUAGUUGGCUGCACUCAAGCAACAGCCCUCAGGGUUUGGGGUUCCUCAAGAGGUUAGAAAUUAUGCUAGAUGUAGCGAUGGCGAUGGAGUACCUCCACCACCAGCACACCGAGGUUGUUCUUCAUUGUGAUCUGAAGCCUAGCAAUGUAUUGCUGGACGCAGACAUGACUGCGCACAUCGCUGACUUUGGCAUUGCCAAGUUGUUGUUGGGUGAUGAUAACUCCAUUGCGUUAACAAACCUGCCCGGAACAAUCGGCUACAUGGCACCAGAGUAUGGAUCAACUGGUAAAGCAUCACGCAUGAGCGAUGUGUUCAGCUAUGGGAUCAUGAUGCUGGAGGUCUUCACGGGGAAAAGACCCACUAGCCCGCUGUUCGGUGAGGAGCUCAGCUUGCGGCAAUGGGUUACUAAAGCAUUUCCAACCAGGCUUAUAGAUGUUGUCGACAACGAAGUUCUAUCACAAGGAAUCAAGAGUGAUUGCCAUGCUAGCGAUGAAAGCACAUCGAGAGAGCAGUCUAUCAUUCUCAACACAUGCCUUGCAUCUGUAAUAGAGUUGAGUUUACAGUGCUCAUCAACGAUGCCUGAUGAAAGAACCGCAAUGGACAAGGUGGUAGUGAAGCUGAACAAGGUAAAGGUAGAUUACUGCUUGCAAAUGAGGUAGAGGGCGAGUGAAACCACCUUCUGCUAUCAUAUCUCCUAGAACAGAUCAUCUACUUCUUGAGUUAAUGGCAAUAAGAAUAAUAUGCCAGUUAUGUAGUAGAAAUAGAACUGUAACGCGUCAAUUGUAUAACUUGGUGUUGAUAAUCUACUUCUUGAGCUAAGUACAAGGAGAUAAUGUCAUAGAGGUGGAAUUGUGGCUAGUCUAACAACUUAUUCUCGGCUUGUAUUCUAGCCUGUCCGGCGUUCUCAAGUAUUUCAGGUCUCCCUGGUCCAUUUUCUUAGACUAGUUCUCUUGUCACAAAAGAGAAUACGAAAGAAUUUCUCAGUAGCAAGCAGGUGAAGAGCGUCCAACUACUUUCAUAGAACUGGAGGCUUUAAGUGCUAUACGUAGUAGAUAUUCCUUCAAACAUGCUUUCAGAAUGCUGUAUAAAAGACUACAAGUCAGACAGCAAUUUUACCAAGACUAUGUUUGAGGUCCUCACGAAUAUGCACCUGCUCUAAGCCAAAUAAGGCAUUAAGAAAUUAAAGCAUUUAAACUUUCCCUCGCUAAAAAGAAGCAUUUUAACCACCACCAGCCCAAAUUAUUCAAAGCAUACCUGAUCAUUAAUUAAGAAUCCACAGUUCAUUUCCUCAUAGGCAUUCUAUCAAACACCUUGCGUGUGCGUGCAUGGGACAUGGAUAGCGUGUGCACAAGCAAGCAGGGGCUGAUCUGUGUAGGAGGAGCCCAAAGGCGGCAACCACGUACUCCCUAUGGGAUGAGCCGGGGGGUAGAAGGGAAAGAAAUACCAGGAUGAGAACGAGGGGGAGAUUGAAGCGGGGCCGGAGAAUGUCGCGCCGAGAGCUGGUAGGCGGCUGGAUGAAACAUUUGAGGAAGGAAAAGGAGGUAUCGUCCUGCGCGGCGGAAGUGGCGGCAGUCACUCGUCACCAGAAUAGACAAAAUACACCUACC